AUGGAGGAGAGGCCAAGAGGAUGCGACAGAGGGCAUUUAUUAUCUAUGAUGCAUGAAUGUGCGGAAAUUGAAUUUCUGACUAUAAUUCUCCGUGUCCGGCCAGCCGGCCAGGAGAAGCAGUUGUGUGGUCGUACUAAUAAAAUUUGGGCUCAGCCUCAUGGACCUGACCUACGUAGAACCAUUUUGGAUCGAUGGAUUCUUUCCUUUCAAAGACAACAAAAGAAAGAAGAAAUAAAAGACAACUUAAAUGGAAGGUUGGGCUUUGAGCCCGAGUGGAUAAACAUGGAUGCAUCCGCAGCUGUGCUUAAAUCGCUGAUGAAAUCCACUCCCACCGUACCUAGAGCUUAG